UCCCCCGGCCCCCGAGCCCGGCGCUGCAGGAUGCCGGGCGGCAAGAGAGGGCUGGUGGCACCGCAGAACACCUUCCUGGAGAACAUCGUCCGGCGCUCCAGCGAAUCCAGUUUUUUGUUGGGAAACGCCCAGAUUGUGGACUGGCCCGUAGUUUAUAGUAAUGACGGAUUCUGCAAACUCUCUGGGUACCACCGAGCUGACGUCAUGCAGAAGAGCAGCACUUGCAGGUAUGCUCAUUGCUUUUGCUGCCCUUGGUGCCCUUGGAAACUUCUGAUCUGCUGGGGAGACAAGAAGACCAUUGAAAAAGUCAGACAGACUUUUGACAACUAUGAGUCAAACUGCUUCGAAAUUCUCCUCUACAAGAAAAACAGGAACUCCCCCAUGUCUCCAAGAACCCCAGUUUGGUUCUACAUGCAAAUUGCACCUAUAAGAAAUGAGCAUGAAAAAGUGGUUUUGUUCUUGUGCACUUUUAAGGAUAUCACUUUAUUCAAACAACCGAUCGAAGAUGAUUCGACAAAAGGCUGGACCAAGUUUGCGCGGCUGACGCGGGCGCUGACCAACAGCCGGAGCGUGCUGCAGCAGCUGACGCCCAUGAACAAGGCUGAGGUGGUGCACAAGCACUCCCGCCUGGCCGAGGUUCUCCAGCUGGGAUCUGAUAUUCUCCCUCAGUACAAGCAAGAAGCUCCAAAGACUCCACCACACAUCAUACUCCACUACUGUGCUUUUAAGACCACCUGGGACUGGGUCAUCUUAAUUCUCACCUUCUACACAGCAAUCAUGGUUCCAUACAACGUGUCCUUCAAGACAAAGCAGAACAACAUUGCCUGGCUCGUGCUGGACAGCGUGGUGGACGUUAUUUUUUUGGUUGACAUUGUUUUGAACUUUCACACCACCUUUGUUGGCCCUGGGGGAGAGGUUAUCUCAGAUCCCAAGCUCAUUCGGAUGAACUACCUGAAGACGUGGUUUGUGAUUGAUCUUCUGUCCUGUUUACCAUACGACAUCAUCAAUGCCUUUGAGAACGUGGAUGAGGGAAUCAGCAGCCUCUUCAGCUCCCUAAAAGUGGUGCGCCUUCUGCGGCUGGGUCGGGUGGCCAGGAAGCUGGACCAUUACCUGGAGUACGGCGCUGCUGUGCUGGUGCUGCUGGUGUGUGUGUUUGGGCUGGUGGCCCACUGGCUGGCCUGCAUCUGGUACAGCAUUGGGGACUACGAAGUCAUAGAUGAGCUGACCAACACCAUCAAGACGGACAGCUGGCUGUACCAGCUGGCGCUGAGCAUCGGGACCCCGUAUCGCUACAACACCACGGGCUCGGGCCAGUGGGAAGGAGGGCCCAGCAAAGACUCCUUGUACAUAUCCUCCCUCUACUUUACCAUGACAAGCCUUACAACCAUAGGAUUUGGGAACAUUGCACCCACCACGGAUGGGGAGAAGAUUUUUUCAGUGGCCAUGAUGAUGGUUGGCUGUAAGUAA